GUCCGAAGUAUGCCCCUCAUCUUUCGAGCAGGACCCCAGUGAGCAGUAUGCAGAUGCCAGUGCCUUACAAGGAUAUCAGAAUCGGCCGGCCAAUGACCCAUAUUCCAACACGUAUAACCCAGGUUGGCAGAACCACCCGCACUUCUCGUGGUCAAAUAACUCCAACACCCUUCAGCCACCACGUCCGAACUUCAUGCAACAACAACCUCGACCUAGUUUUGUGCCCCGGCCGAACUUUCAGCCACAGCAGCCACAGCAACAGCAGAGGGGACCAGAAGCGGGGUCGAGUUCGAACCUCCAUGAGGACGUUGCCAAGAUCCUACAGUUCAUGGUGAACAGAGAGCAGCGGGAUGUCAAUCAGGACGCCUCCAUCAAGCGCAUUGAGACUCAGUUGGGCCAACUGGCCGCUCGGGUGGGUACAAUUGAGACUGAGAGGAGCAAAGACAAGCUACCUAGUCAGCCUGAGCAAGCAAAAGCUAUAACAGUUCUCAGAAGCGGGAAGGAGGUGGACAACAAGGUUCAGAUGCCAGAGCCUGAGGAUAAGGAGACCCAUUCUGAAAGGAUCGAAGAAGCAGAGUCCGGGAAGGUGACAGAUGAGCGGGUGUUACAUAAAUCGCCGAAUCCGUAUAAGCCGCGCAUUCCCUUUCCGGACCGAAUUAGGAACGAGAAGCAAGAGAAGCAGUUCCGAGAUCUUUUUAACAUGCUCUCCAAGGUGAACGUUAACUUACCUCUGCUCGAUGUGAUUAAGAACAUGCCAUCAUAUGGUAAGUUCUUUAAGGACUUGGUGACCAAAAAGAGGAAGUUCGAAGAUGGAGAGAAGGUAGUCGUGUAUGAGGCGGCAAGUGCUAUGCAGCACGACUUGCCCAAGAAAGAGCGAGAUCCCGGUGGUUUCAUCAUUCAGAUAGCUCUGGGGAAUGGGAAGGUAGCUUCGGGGAUGCUCGACCUCGGAGCCGGAAUUAAUCUCAUGCCCUUCUCGAUUUUUCAGAGGCUUGGCCUUGGGGAUUUGAGGCCGACUCGCAUGUGCCUUCAAUUAGCAGACCGUUCCAUCAGGUACCCGAAGGGGAUAGUCGAGGAUGUUCUCGUGAAGGUUGGUAAGCUUAUCAUUCCAGUGGAUUUUGUGGUUCUAGACGUUGGGGAUGUGCACGAGAAUGGGAAGGAUCACACCAUCCUUCUCGGGAGACCUUUCAUGGCGACGACCAACACUCUCAUCGAUGUGAAGAACGGGACCCUGAACAUGACAGUUUUAGGGGAAUCAGUGUCUAUUUCUGUCCGAGAAGCCAUGUCUUCAUCUUCCGUCAACUUCAUAGAAGAAUGCGCUUUUAUUGAUCUUGCUGAUCCCUUUGUUGAUGAGAUGGUAUUUCAGGAGUUCGAGGACAAGUCGUUGCCG